UAUAAGUUCAACGCCGCUGAGCCUAUUCCAAAAGCCUCAGAUACAAGCGCCUCCUUUGCAGUAAGUUGCCCUCUUGCGCUACAUUGUGAUGCGACCAUCUCUCAAUCGACAUAUAGCGCUCCUAACAUUUAUUAUAACAACUUCACGCACAUCGCAUAGCCAAACUUUUGUUUGUAACAUGAAGCCUAUUCAGUUCAUCUAUCUCUCCAUCCUUGCCGCCCUGGUUGGGGUGAAUGCCGUCCUCGCCGAUGAACUUGACCAGACCUGCUUCGAGGAUUUAUGCGGCGAGUAUCCUACUGUCUGCCCAAUAGGAAUGCAAAGCGCCAAAAUAGGCAUAUGCUGGACCUGCUGCCCUCUGUAGUAUCAAUUGACGCCUGAAUCAAGUUCCUGAUUAUUGUCACCGAUUUUGUAAAGCACGACGUUAUA